CUGGCUGCCACACCGCGCGGGGACGGGCGGAUCGCUGCAAUGGCCCCCUGGCUGCCCACCAAGAAGGAGAAGUAUGGAGUUGCUUUGUGGAACUUUUCGGGCACGAACGAGCAUCACCUGCCGCUGCAGAUCGGGGAUACAGUGCACAUCCUACAGGCCUCGGAGGGCUGGUACAGAGGGUACUCGCUCAGGAACAGAGCCACCUGGGGCAUAUUCCCUGUCACACUGAUCCACCUGAAGGGCGCCCAUGUGGAGCAGAGGGGGGCGGAGGAGAACAUUGUGCCGGCGGAGAUGCCGAUGGUGCAGGAGAUCACCACCACGCUGCGGGAAUGGGCCACCAUCUGGAAGCAGCUCUACGUGAUGGGGCAGAAGGAGCGAUACGGGCAGGUCAGGAGGAUGAUGUGUGAGCUGAUGGAGAGGCGCUCGCAGCUGCUCUCUGGGACGCUCCCCAAGGAUGAGCUCCUGGAGCUCAAGAAGGAGGUGACCAGCAAGAUCGACUACGGGAACAAGAUCCUGGAGCUAGACCUGGUUGUGCGUGACGAGAACGGGAACAUCCUGGACCCCGACAGAACCAGCGUCAUCAGCCUCUUCCAGGCUCACAAACAGGCCACGAGUAUGAUCAGUGAGCGCAUCCAGGAAGAGAUGUGCUCUCAGCACAGCGAGCUGGGCUGCAGUGCCCACCUGGCCUCGCCCUCCCACAACCUCUACCUCUGCGUCCGCAACUUCGUCUGCAACAUCGGGGAGGAGGCCCAGCUCUUCACGGCGCUCUACGACCCCGGCCAGCAGAAGAUGAUCAGCGAGAACUACCUGAUCCGCUGGGCCAGCACGGGGGUCCCCCAGGACAUCGAGUUGCUCAACAACCUGAAGGCCAUCUUCACGGACCUGGGCAGCAAGGACUUGAAACGCGAGAGGCUCUUCCUGGUGUGUCAGAUUGUGCGGGUGGGGCGGAUGGACCUGAAGGAGACCUACACGCGGAAACUGAGCACGGGCCUCAGACGGCCCUUCGGCGUCUCGGUGAUGGACAUUACAGAUAUCAUCAAGGGAAAAUGUGAGAGUGAUGAGGACAAGCAGUACUUCAUUCCUGUGCACCUGGUAGCUGCUGAGAAUGAUUUCCUUCACAACAUGAUAAAGAAAGCCGUGGAAGGGAAGGAAAUCAACCACAAAGGACAAGGGUUCUGGGUGUCUCUGAAAAUGCUGUGGGGAGACCUGAGUCAGGUGCGGAAAGAUCAUCCUCACUUGGUGGACCGCAGCACAGUUGUGGUCCGCAAGUUAGGCUUCCCAGAGAUUAUCAUGCCAGGGGACAUCAGGAACGACAUUUACCUCACACUGGUGCAGGGCGAGUUUGACAAGGGGAACAAGAAGACGCAGAAGAACGUGGAGGUGACAGUGUGUGUCUGUGAUGAGACUGGAAACAUGAUGCAGAAUGUGAUUUUCCCGGGUGCUGGUGACAAGCCUUCAAGUGAAUAUCGUUCUGUGGUCUAUUACCAGCAGCGGCAACAGCGGUGGAUGGAGACAAUGAAGAUUGCUGUUCCCAUUGAAGAUGUCCACAGGACCCAUCUGAGAUUCACCUUCAGGCACCGCUCUUCCAGUGACUCUAAGGACAAAAGUGAAAAAAAUUUCUCCAUGGCCUUUGUGAAGCUGAUGAGACCUGAUGGUACAACCCUGCAUGACGGUGAACAUGACCUCAUUCUGUAUAAGGGUGACAUCAGGAAAUUGGAGGAUGCCAGCUCUUACCUGAAUCUGCCUUUUAUGAGAAGUCUGUCAGAGACAAAGACCCUUUCUGGUUCCUCAUUCCGAGUGAGCGGUGGCAUGGCUGGUAUGGGCAUAUCUUCCCGGGACAGCUUCCAAAUCUCCACCCUCGUCUGCUCCACCAAACUAACCCAGAAUGUUGACCUUCUGGGGCUGCUGAAAUGGCGGUCGAAGCCCAACCUCCUGGCUGGAAACCUCCAGAAGCUAAUGAAUGUGGAUGGAGGAGAAGUCAUCAAGUUCCUUCAGGACACUCUGGAUGCCUUGUUCUCAAUUAUGAUGGAGAAUUCAGCCACGGAUGUCUAUGAUACACUCAUCUUUGAUGCCCUAGUUUUCAUUGUGGGGCUCAUUGCUGACAGGAAGUUCCACCACUUCAAUGCUGUUCUGGAGGCCUAUAUCCAGCAGCACUUCAGCGCCACACUGGCUUACAAGAAGCUGAUCUCAGUGCUGACGCAGUACGUGGACUCAGCCAGCCAAGGGGAGCCCUGUGAGUCGCUCUUACGCACCUUCAAAGCCUUGGAGUAUAUCUUCAAAUUCAUUGUCCGCUCCAGACACCUCUUUGCCCAACUCUACGAAGGGAAAGAAAAAGCAGAAUUCCAGGCUUCCUUGAAGCAAUUCUUCCUGUCUGUCAAUCAGCUGAUGAAAUCCACACUGGAGAAUACAACCCUGCUGUCCCAGGGAGCCGCUCUGAAGUACCUGCCUUCGAUUCUGGAAGACGUGUUUGGGAUCUUCGACUCCUCUGUGCUGGGGUGCUUGCUGCGGGAUUUCAUUGGGAACCUGCCCCCUCUGCGCCUGCUCAAGCAGAAGCUGCAGUCCCUGACGGACAUAGUCAACAGCAAGAUCUUCCAGUUCUAUGAGUGCCGAGAGAUGCUGCUGCAUACUACAAUCCCCAUCCUCCAGGAGCUGAUUGCGAAGGGAGAGGAGGAGGAGGCUUGCAUUGAGCUGCUCAGCAAUAUCCUGGAGGUGCUGUACAAAGCCCAGAAGAGAGCAGAAGAGCAGCUGACACAUCAGAGUGGAGAAGAGAGACAGCACAGGGAGGACUCUGAGCUGAGGAAGGUGAAGGGGCACGUGCAGAUGAUUCUGGAGCAGCUGCUGCGCACUGUCAAUCGCAGGGUGAUUGGCCUCGGCCAGGAACACGACCUAAGAAGUCACUACGUGGCCUGCAUGGCAGCCAUCCUGAACCAGAUGGACGAGGCCCAUUACAGCUCCUACAUCCAGGCCUUCUCAGCCCGGACCGACCUGGUGGACUUUCUCAUGGAGACCUUCCUCCUGUUCAAGGACCUGAUUGGCAAGACGGUGUAUCCCUCCGACUGGAUGGUGAUGAACAUGGUGCAGAACCGGGAGUUCCUCCGAGCCAUCAACCAGUUUGCUGACACCUUGACCCAGAUGUUCCUGAGCAGCAGCAGCUUGGAACUGCAGCUUUGGAACAAUUAUUUCCACCUGGCAGUUGCCUUCCUCACCCAGGAUUCCCUGCAGCUGGAGAACUUCUCCCAGGCUAAGCGCACCACCAUCCUUGCCAAGUACGGAGACAUGAGAGCCACAAUUGGAGCCGCCAUCCGGGACAUGUGGUACAACCUAGGACAUCACAAGAUUCGGUUUAUCCCUGGCAUGGUGGGCCCCAUCCUGGAGAUGACGCUGGUACCCGAGCUGGAGCUGCGCAAAUCCACCAUCCCCAUCUUCUUCGACAUGAUGCUAUGCGAGUACCAGCUGACCAAGAACUUCGGCAUGUUCGAGGACGAGAUCCUGCGCAAGCUGGACAGCGAAGUGGAGGGCGGCCGUGGGGAUGAACAGUACAAGCAGCUCUUCCAGAGCAUCCUCCUCAGCUGCUGCAGGAAUCACCCCGAGCUGGCCACGCCCAGUGAGAAGUUCGUGGCCCUGGUCACGGGCCUGCUGGAGCGGCUGCUGGACUAUCGCGCCGUCAUGAACGACGAGAACAAGACGUACAGCAUGAGCUGCACUGUCAACCUGCUGAACUUCUACAAGGAAAUCGACCGCCGGGCCAUGUACAUCAGGUACCUGUACAAGCUCAAGGACCUGCACGUCAGCUACGAAAACUACACGGAGGCAGCCUACACCCUGCUGCUGCAUGCACGGCUCCUCAAGUGGUCGGACGAGCCGAACACGGCCCCCAUGCAGGGCUCCCACAGCCAGAGCCUGCACACCCAGCGCCAGCUGAAGGAGUCGCUCUACAACCAGAUCAUCCACUACUUCGACCAGGGCAAGAUGUGGGAGGAGGCGAUUCACAUCUGCAAGGAGCUGGCCGAGCAGUACGAGAGUGAGGUCUUUGAGUACGAAAUGCUGAGUGACAUCCUGCAGCGGGAGGCAAAGUUCUACGAGAACAUCCUGAAGGUGCUGCGGCCCAGCCCAGACUACUUCGCCGUGGGCUACUACGGGCAGGGCUUCCCCACGUUCCUGCGGAACAAGGUGUUCAUUUACCGAGGCAAGGAGUACGAGCGCCGGGAGGACUUUGAGAUGCGGCUGCUGACUCCCUUCCCCUAUGCCGAGAAGCUGCAGACCACGUCCCCGCCGGAGCAGGACGUCACCGACUCACCGGGCCAGUAUAUCCAGUGCUUCACCGUGCAGCCCGUGGAGGAGGCCAGGGACCGAUUCAGGGGCAGGAACGUCCCCGAGCAGAUUGUCAAUUUCUAUAAAGCCAACAACAUCCAGCAGUUCAGCUACUCGCGGCCCUUCAGGAAAGGCCCGAAGGACCCUGACAAUGAGUUUGCGACCAUGUGGAUCGAGAGAACGACCUACGUGACGGCCUAUCCGCUGCCUGGGAUCCUGCGCUGGUUUAUGGUCAUAGCCACCACCAGGACCAUCAUCAGCCCCCUGGAAAAUGCCAUCGAGACCAUGAAGAAAACCAAUGAGAAAAUCCUGACCGAGAUCAACCGGCACCACAGCGAGCCCAGCCUGCCUGUCAACCCGCUGUCCAUGCUCCUCAACGGCAUCGUGGACCCGGCCGUCAUGGGGGGCUUCGCCAAGUAUGAGACGGCGUUUUUCCAGGAGGCCUACCAGACGGAGCACCCCGAGGACCAGGCCAGUAUUGAGACGCUGCAGGACCUGAUCGCCUGGCAGAUUCCGCUCUUGGCAGAGGGGAUCCGGAUCCACGGCAGGAAGGUGACUGAGGACCUCAGGCCCUUCCAUGAGCGCAUGGAGCAGUGCUUCGUGCAGCUGCGAGCCAAGGUGGAGAGCCAGUACGGCCUGCGGGAGCUGCCCUUCCUGGAGGAGAGGCGCGGAGGCCGCCCCCACUCCAAGUUGUGGGGCCCGGAAACGGAGCCACCCAGCCGCCCACACCAAGACAGCACAGAGCCCCCUCCCUCCAGGAAGUCGGUGCCCUGUGCUCCUGAGCAUCCCCCUGAGGCCGAGGAGCGCAAGAGCGACCGCAGGGAGAAUCGCGGCAGCACCUUCUUUGGGUACCGGCGGCAGGAGCAGCGCCAGUCCGUCUUGGAGCCCCCGGAGCCCAAGGAGGAGAAGUGGAGACUCUCCCGGAACAUGACUGAGAGCUGCCUGGCCGGUGCGGAGGGAAAACAGCCACCCCCGGAGAGAGAUGCCAGCGCUGCAUCCCCUAGUGCAACAGGGGCGUCAGGAUCCCCCCGGGGCUUCGCAGGCCGGGUGAAGAGCGCCAGCAAGGCCCCCCCACUGCCCCGCAAAAUCAGCUCCAGCGUCUACGAGACCUUCCUGGAGCAGAACGCCGCGCCCAACAGUGGGAAGCAGCUGACAGUGGAUGGAAGUAAAGGGCUGAAAUCACCGCCCCCGCCACCCCCCAAAUCCAAGCGCAUAUCCCAGGCCUGAGCUGACGUGAUCGGCCCCCUUUGCUGUCCCGCUCAGGAGGGUGACUGCUGAUGGUGUUUGCUGGCUGCUUGGUCCCCCCCCGGCUGGCUGAGCCCUGGGCCGGACUUAGUCGUCUUUCCUGUGGCAGCCGGAGCAUCCCACCACCCCCACACCCUGGGUCCCGUGUGCUUGGAGCUGCAGAAGCCCCAGACUAGCCCAGCCUCCCUCUCACAGGCGGCACCAGCCUAGGUCAGGCCUAGGGCCCGUCUGAGGAACGUGUAGGAAACAUUGGAGCCAGCAAAUCUGCCCCGGUGAAGGACUGCUCCAGCCCCAGGAGUUCAAGGUCGCCACAGCCCUGAAGCUGGGCGCUGGGUCCCCUCCCAGCUCUCCUUUUCCUAUUUGUGCUCUGGAUAAAGGCCGUCUUGGGGCAGUGAGUUUCACAGGCGAAUGCAGUGCUGCCUGGGGGAAACAUUUCCUUUGCAUUGCCCCUGUUCAGUUCCACGGCCUGGCCAUGUGCUGAGGCUGGGAGAAGGGGCUCUGCUGCCCGUUAGUGUUUGAUAGACUCAGUCCUCCCGCUCGGCAGGAACACUCCCCAGCGGGCAGCCCCUUGGUACAGGACAGUUUGCCAGGCCCUGACCCCCUAAGGCUGCACUGUCCUGGGGCGGGGCUGGAGGUGGGCAGCCCCUGAGCACCCAUUACCCCCCCACCCCAAGCUGGUCACAGAGCAGCGCUGAAAUAGGCGCCGUAUCAGCCGCUCCCAGAGGCUGCGACUCCCUGGAGCCGCGGUGCAGUGAGCUGCCUCCAGCACCGCUGGGGCUCCUCUGCAGCAACCGCAGAUCAGUUCAGCUAAGGCCGUUUCCCAUCGCCUGGUCCCAGCCGGCCUCCCGCACUGCGGGCCGCACCCAUGGACUGAGCCCCUCCCGUGUGGGGCAGGAGCCAGCCUGCUGCUGCUCUCGGCUGCAGCAUGACGUGAGGCAGCCAGAUGGGUUUAGCGUCCCCACCAUGGGCCCUCGGGGUGUGUUCUGCCCACGUUCCUCACAGCAGCUCCUUGCCCACCCCCAGCCGCCCAGGCCCCACUGCUUGCUCAGCACGUACCCGCCGCACUGCUGGAGGCCUGUGCCUGGGGCCAUGGGCUGCCUCCAGCUGCCUGCCAAUAAAGAGACUAAAUCCUCCAGGCUGUGCCCAGCCCCUGAGGUCAGCGGCGGCGGGGAGGUGGGGGAAAG